AAAUUUGUGGGCGAAAUUUAACCAUUGCACUAUUAGAUCGUUUCGAAUUCAGUAAUUGCAUGUGACAGGAUCUGUUCAAAGAUGUAUUCAAUUCGUAAAAUUUUGUUGUGCUUUUUGCUAUUCAAUAUCGACGGUUUAUUUUUUUCCAGAGAAAAUUUCGUUUUUGCUUUUGAAGAACUGUUCACGCCAGGUCUUGCUGUUCGCACUGGCAUAAAAACAGCUAUCAAAGCUUCAUCUGAAUUACUUGGAUCUUGGAGACCGUUGACUUUUUUCAAUGCCUUGGAUGAGACGAGUCUGGUUAAUCUGACGUCGACAUCACUCGAUAUGAGAAUUCUUACUCCUAAAACUGUGGCAACCAUAACUGGAGGUGUUUUUGGCAAAGAUAAUUACGAAUAUCAUAAGUAUUCGAUGUUUUGGAAAAUUGGCCCAUGGAAUGAAACAAGUUUGCGAUCGCGAGUAUAUUUCUUCAAUUUGAAAUACAUUACAUUCGAAAAAGCCUUAGACCACGACGACGGAGUUAUUGUCUUGAAUUUCCCAAUUGCAACUGAUGGUGAUUUUCCUAACCCACUGUUCCAUGGGUUAUCCAAACUGAUUGGAAGCAAACUGAUACGACCAGGAGAUUGUUCCAAAGUUCUAUGUGCUCUUACCUACCGAUGGUUCGUGAAUUUUCUCCUCGAUAGUGUUUACACUUCUUAUAUAGCGGAUUUUAACGAUGAAGAAUUCGGAAAAAAAUUCUGCGCUAGGGUUAUUAAUCUACCCGCGAAUCCACAUUUAAAUUACAUUUCGAAAGAACAGUUCAAACAAACGUUUGGCAAAUUGAAGGAUAUUUCACAGAAAGCUGCGAAUGAAGAAUUCAUUCGAGACGGGGGUGUGGCUAGGACUCCAAUGGAAAGGCAUGCCGGAAUAUGUGUUUUGAAUCUUCCAUGUUGAUGUUAAUAUUAACGACCAAUAAAAUAAAUUUUCUUGCUCUAUAUCAAU